AUGUCCUCGCAACCGCGCAUCUGUCAGCCUGACAACGACUGGACGGCUAUCACGGAUCCUGCUCUCCGGAAGAAGCUGCAGAACAAACUCAACCAACGUGCUUUGCGGGCGAGAAAGCGCCACGAGCGGCAAACCGCAAAGGCUCUCAAGUCCACAUCCAAGAAUGACAGCCCACGUUAUGCACUAAUACUUCCACGUCCACGCCAUACCGUCCAGAAGCCACAGCAGCCGUCUGCAUCCACUCUGCUCUCAGAAACCGUAGAAACAAUGGCUUGCUUCCAUGCCGCAGCCCGCGAGAGAUACUACGCCGCAGACCCAUGUCUGGACCACCUCUUCACACUGAGCAAAUUCAACGUGCUGCGCGCAUUCGUCGACAACAUGUCCACCCUGGGCUUGACCAUCGAGGCAAUGGACGACGACGCCCUCUCCCCAUUUAGUACUGCAAUGCCGGGACCCCGAGGGCGCGACUCAGGCCUCCCGUCUAGUCUGCUUCCUACUCCCAUCCAACGCUCAACCCCCCAUCAUCCAUGGCUAGACUGUUUCCCGUUCCCGCAGAUGCGCGACAACCUUAUCGGCGUCGCGGAGUCUUUUGAUGACUGCGAGCUGUGUGUUGAUGUAGUGGACCCCACCAGUGGCGACAUCGGGGUCCUGGUGUGGGGUGAUCCGUGGCUUCCGCAGAAUUGGGAGUUCUCUGAGCUAUUUGUCCGCAAGUGGGCAUGGGUUAUACAGGGGUGUCCGGAGGUCUUUGUGUAUAGUAAUCAUUGGAGGGGGAAGCGGGGAUUAGAAGAGCUUAACGCCGGCUCUGUAAUUGAUGUUUCUUGA